AUGAUAUAACAGAUUAAAUAUUACAAAAAAUUACAAGACUUUUUAAACUCUUCACUCUAUUCUCAUUAAGUUGUCCAUAUUACUCUGGGAGGAAAUUAAAUUGGUUCAAUAGGUGAUUCAGGCUUAGGCUCAGCAUUAGUAAACUGCACUAAUCUCUUAAAUUUGACACUUAGACUUAAUUACAAUUAAAUUAACAACGAAGGUGUUUCAGGCUUAGGCUAUGCAUUAGCAAAAUGCACUAACCUCUCAAAUUUGAUACUUGAUCUUGGAUACAAUUAAAUUGGUUAAAGUGGGGCAUCAAGCUUAGGCUCUGCUUUAGCAAUUUGCGUUAAUCUCUCAAAUUUGAAACUUAGUCUAUCUUGCAAUGAAAUUGAUGCAGUUGGUGCAUCAAGAUUAGGUUCAGGUUUAGCAAAUUGCACUAAUCUCUCAAAUUUGACACUUAAUCUUGAUUACAAUUAUAUUGGCGAUGAGGGUGCAUCAGGCUUAGGUUUAGCUUUAACAAAAUACAUUAAUCUCUCAAAUUUAACACUUAAUCUUGAGGGCAACUAAAUUGGUGUAAUUGGUGUAUCAGGCUUAGUCUUUGGUUUAGAAAAUUAUACUAAUCUCUCAAAUUUUACACUUAUUCUUAGUGAUAAUUAAAUUGGUGAUGAAGGCACAUUAAGGUUAGGUUCAGCUUUAGCAAAUUGCACUAAUCUCUAAAAGUUGACAAUUAUUAUUGAUUAAAACAAAAUCAAUUAAUAAUAAUAACAACUGAAAGUAAAAAGCAAGUGUCUUAAAUCAAAAAGAUUAGUUGUUUUUGAAAUAAAUUUCUAGUGA